CCUCGCUCUUAAAGGAGACGUAUUCCAAUCAGUCGAUGGUCCCAGUCGAAGAAACAAAAGGUUUGCUGUAGCUUUAAGAAGAAUUUAGUGGCUAAUAUUUGCAAAAUAUGAAAUUUAAUAUCUUUCGUAAUCUUUUUGCGCCUUUAAUUAUGUAACAAUGCUUACAUGGUGACUUUAAUUUAAAGAGUCAACAGGUCUUUGUGCUACCGGGGCCUUCGAUGUUUUGCUAACCUUAAUUUUUCUCCGCUUACAGUUAACUUUUAAAAGUAUUUUAGGCCCGCAGCAAUUAAAAAAAGCCUCAAUGAGCUCCUAGCAGGACGAGGUUUCAGUCUCUCCCUCCAGAAAGGGGAAAGUGGGCACUCGAUGCAGGCCGCUAAACCAUCCCCGGACUCGACUGAGCCGUCCAGCGGGAGAGGAGGAGGUAAAAGGCGGGGUAAAACCACAGCGGCCUCCGCUGACUCUCCGCCUGGCACUGUGCGUGUUUUACGAAACAGAGGAGCUGUGUUUUGCAGGUCUAAUAAGUCGGUGAAAGUCCAUUGCAAGGAAGAGUCACAGAGUCUGCACCGUGGACGGGGGAUACCUGCUGGAGCAACCGGCAAAAAUGCACCUGUCCUGAAACCCACAAAAAAGCAGUUGCCAUCUAAGAAAGCAUCCCAAAUCAUUCCUGAAGCAAAGAUGUCCAAGUCCAAAAAGGGCAAAGGGAGACCUUCAAGCAGAGCCAGUUGCACCUCACCUGCAGCAAUAUGCAAGCUAGAAGCAGAGAAAGAGACUUCAGCAUGUGAGUCUCCAUCUGCAGAAGUUGUUCCUCUGUGUACUACAGGUCAUAUAAAAGACGAAAAAGGUGCCUUGACAGAAAGCAAUAACAAUUUCUCAGAUCCAGAUGCCACAGCUGAUGAGGAUCCUCCAUUCAGGGAUGACCAAAAUGACCUCAACGAUAAACCUGAGACAAACAUGAAAAAAAUAGAACAACAUGCAAUUUUGCAGACAGAAUUCAAGUUGGAGGAAUCAGACAAGGAGGCAGAAGAUCUUACAGAGGAUGAACCAACCAGGACUGAUGUGCAGAGUGAAGCUGAAGGGGAUGAUAAGAAGAAAUCACCAAAGAAGAAGGGAAGACCUCAAAAAGAUGGCACAGCUUCCCAGCCACCAAAACGAAGAAAAAAGCCUCCUGUGCAGUAUGUCCGCUGUGACAUCGAGGGCUGUGGUACGGUCUUGGCCCACCCACGCUACUUACAGCACCAUAUAAAGUACCAGCACCUGCUAAAAAAGAAGUACAUGUGUGAUUUUCCCUCAUGCGGACGCUUGUUUCGACUGCAGAAGCAGCUGUUACGCCACGCCAAACAUCACACAGAUCAGAGGGAUUUCAUCUGCGAGUUCUGUGCUCGAGCCUUCAAGAGCUCCCAUAACCUGACUGUGCACAGGAUGAUUCACACAGGAGAGAAGCCGAUACAGUGUGAGAUCUGCGGCUUCACCUGCCGACAGAAGGCCUCCUUAAACUGGCACAUGAAGAAGCAUGAUUCAGAAGCCUCCUACCAGUUCUCUUGCUCUGUUUGCAGCAAGAAGUUUGAGAAAAAGGACUCAGUUAUUGCCCACAAAGCCAAGAGUCACCCUCAGGUGCUCAUAGCUGAAGCUAUGGCAGCCAACGGGGGCUCGGUUAUAAGGAACCCCACCCCUGUUCAGGAGACAGCCAUGGUGCUAACCCAGCCUGGCACUCCAGAGGAAAGCCAGGAGGUGGAGGAUAGGACCCUAACUCCCCUGAAGCAGGUAGCUCCUCCACUCCCUCCACAGACUCAAGUGGAUGUUCCUCAGGGUCAGUAUCUUCAGCUGCCCACACAUCAUGUGAUCCCACAACCCCCCACCUUACUACACCUCACCACUGCACCUCUAGCUCCCAGCACCCAGCUCAUUCAGCUCUCCACACUCCCCGUCAGCACCAUCACAGCUAUUCCCACCCCAGAACAGCACAGUACCCUCGUCACACUGAGCUCCGUCACGACGCUCGCCUUCCCGGCUCCUCAGCAGGAGGUUCAGUGGGGAAGGGAGGCCGAGCAGGAGGCACAGUUGCCCGGGGAGGGCGAGCUGUGGGACAGGGUGGUGGUGGGUGGCGGGGAAAUGAUGUGGGAAGGAAACACAGAGAAGAAGCAGGAGGAUGAAGGGAUUGUUUGGGAAAGAGAAGGAGAGAGACAAAUUUUGGUGCAGUGUGCCGAGGAUAAUCAAGGAGACUUAAUUUAAACUGAAAGACUAAAAUGUUUUAAAAAUAAAGAGAAGACUGAAAGAGGAAAUUUGAUAAGCUGGCAUCUACUAAAGAUAAAUAUUUCCAUUUCGUGUGUAACAGGAGUCAUAAGCUUUUUAUCACACAGACACUCCAGAAAUAUUUACUGUAAGUGUGGGGUAGAGGAUUCAGGAGGCAUGAUAAAAAAGAUGCCAUUUAAGAUGGUGGACUUGCCAAACCUUAAAUUUCAGGAGAAUUUAGGGCAGUAAUGCAUUCUAUAUUUUAACCAACAUAAUAUUAGAUUAAACUAGGACUGAACAAAUUUUAAAAAAAGAUGUAAUUGUGAUUAUUUUUACUUACUACAUAUUCAUUAUAAAUUUCCUUCUAAAAGGGACUGACUACUUUUAAUGUAAUUCUCAUGUAGAUAAAGAAAACAUACAGAAAUAAGGAAAGUAGAUUUUUUUUAAAUUAUACUAAGAAAAAGGCACUUGAAUGUUUGCAUUCUGUGUAAAGCAGUGGUUCUCAACUGGUGGGUCAGGACCCAAAAGUGGGUUGCGAAGCUCUUUUCAGUGGGGAUGUGUGUCUGGGGGAAAAAUUGUCAAUGAAACUCUAUAAAACAUACAUUUUUUGUCCUGUUUCGUUGUUUUGUUACACCUUUUUUACUGUCAUAGGCCCAAGCUCUACUAUUUUUUAGUAAAUACAUCUGACUGACCAAAAAAAAUCUCCAAAAUUUGGGCCACAAUUCUCUUUGAGGAGUUGAUGGUGAGCCCCGUGACUCAGCCAGUUGAGAACCACUGGUAUAAAGCAUAACAUUUCUGCUGCAAAAAAGUACUACACUGUUGUUAUGACACACAUUCCAGGUUUACAUUACAUUUCUGUGAUUUUAAAAUUGCAGCAGGCCAUAUUGCGUUUUAAUCCAGCCCUAGCCCAUGCGCUGAAUUCAUCUGUUGAUGUGCAGACUUCCCCAUUAAAAUGUACUCCUGUCGCUGCUUCAAAAUCUUGUUAAAGUGUUGAUGUCGCUCAAAAACAUGUUCUACCGUCACAUUUAUUUCCUGACGUCAUUACCAAGAAGCUGCCUUUACACUGGCAUGUAAAAACUGAUUCAAGGGAAUCUCAGCAUAACUUUUGAGACAAAGAAAGCAGAGGCAGAAGAGGGGUGAGGCAAGGAGCAGAGGUACAGUCAGUGUUUUGGGGAGAUAAAGAGUAGCAACUUACAUACAAGUAUGCUGAGAAUUCAGUCUAAAUAAUGUGAAGAGCAGAGUGAAAUCUAGAUCUGUGGCUCCCAACCUGGGGUCUGGGCCCCCCCUGGUGGGCGUGAAAGAUUUCAGGGGUUGCGAGACCCUGUUCUGCUCUGAUCUUAUCAAAAUUAGAUUUACAGGUAUAAUUUUUCUAAUAUAAUUUUUCUAAUGAAUCAUGGUUAGAAAUAUAGUGUACACAGGUGUAUUAGAGCCACCCUAAAAGAAAAAAAUGAGGAUCUGUUAAUUUUUUUAAGCAAAAAGUGAAACAGUUUGGAAAACAACCAAACAUUUUUGUGUAUGUAGGCUUAUCAUAUCUAUGUGAACUUUUUCCUGGUGGAUCCUGGGGGGGAUUCGCUUUUCUUAGAUAGAAGUAGGGGGUCUGUGAGGACAAAAGGUUGUGAACAAUUGAUCUAGAUAAUGUAUAAACUAGCACUGUCAAACGAUUACUAUUUUUAAUUGCGAUCAACCUUUAGGCUUUCUGUAGUUAACUAUUUAUCUCCCUUUUCUUUGCUGCAUUUUUAAAUUCCACUAUUUUGCAGUCAAAACUGUUUUUGUUUGAUUUUGUAUUUCUGUAACUUCUUAAACUCAGGGUAACUGACUUCCUGUUUGGAUAAAGACCUGCUUUUAUUUUAAAAGAAAAUAAGGAUCUUUAGGUAGAUAGAAGAUUAUGGCAUGAAUUCACUCACAGAAACUUGUUACAGAUUGAAAAUACUAAACAUUAAGAAGGUAAAUGUUUGACAUCGGGGGUUGCAGACAUCUUGUGGCUUCUCCUCUGAGGUUUUAAAGUGAAAUGAGACAUUAAGGAGCACUGGUGGACUUAUUUUACAUCACAGUGGCUGUAGUCGUUAAACCAAAGUGGGCUGAGGGUGCAUAAAGCAUGCGAUUAAUUGUAAUUAAAAAGAUUAGUUCACUAAAUAGGGGCAUUAAUUAUGAUUAAUACACUGCUGACAGCCCUAAUAUAGACAUAAAUAUAAAUACAUUUUUAUAUAUAAUCAGUUACAAACAGGAUUUUAUAAUCUGUAAUUACCUAGUAGUCAUACAUCUGGUAUAUGGAAUUCAUUGCAAUUAAUUAAUCACAAAGUCUGUAAUUAAUUAGAUUAUUUUGGUAAUCGUUUGGCAGCUCUAGUGUAAACUUUAAAGAGGUAGUGAACACUUUAACAUUUUUUUCAUCUGUACACUGAGGUAUCUGACUGAACUAUGAUAAAACACAUCAGUGUUGUUUUUAUAGCUGAAAUUUGCACCAAACUGAUAAAAAUCUGGAUUUUACGGCUUUUAAUUAGCUUAAAUGGACAUCUACCUUGAAAAAUCUCUUCUGAAAAGGUGGGGCUUAUGUGACGUAGAAACCGACCAUCAGUCGGUUUCUACGUCACAAACUCUAUAUAAAAGGUAGAGCGUUAACACCUCUAACUGACGUUACCAUUCAGAGACCACUCCCAUCCUCUCCUGCCUGCACUGUCUCGGCUCUGAGAGCUCCGGCUAUGGUAACGCCGCUGCUGGAGCCAAUGGACUGAACAGGUAGUGCUCAGAACCACCACGGUCCACCACGACACUAUAGCCUGCAUCAGGGCGACUCUAGAGGCGAAAACUCCUCCACUUUCAAAGAUCGCCAUGAGGCAGCAGUGCUGUGGGACUCUGUCUGUCUCUCUCUGACAAGGGGACAUCACUGUCACUCCCGCCUCAACUGGAAAGCCCCGUCCUUUUCCCCUCCUUCCUCUCAGAACCAGACUGCUCACUUUCAGUGCAUUUUUUGAAUUACAGAGGUGGGCAGAGUUAGCUCUGAGCCGGGGGUCCACUUACACUUUAAUAGAAAGUUAUAGAGUUAACACUCAGCGUCAGGGAUUUUUACACUAUAGAAACAAUAAAGUAGAACCCAAACACUUAUUUCAAUUCUGGAUGAAUAUUUUGUAACUUAUGGGUUUUGCUGUGUUUGUAUAAAUUAAAGUUCAUUUUCUUUUUUUGA